AUGGCACUCCGGCUGUCUUUUCUUCUGUUUCACGUUCUGACCGCGUCUGCGCGCAGGCCCCGAAGGCGCCCUCGCGAAACCCAGCCCUUCGCAUGCUUGGCCUUCCCGCUCUCCCCAGCAAGCUCCCGUCGCGGAACUGGAUGAUAUUCUGGACCGUCUCAAGCGCCAUAACAGCCGCAAUCAUCUAUGACAAGCGUGAGAAGAAGCGGGCCACGGCGAGAUGGGCGCAUGCAGUCGAGCAUCUGGCCAAGGAGCCGCUGCCCGACAGCCUCGGCUUGGCCCAGCCGCGCAAGUUGACUAUCUAUCUCUCGAGCCCGCCGGGCGAUGGCCUACGCGUUGCUCAAGAUCACUACACCGAAUAUGUCAAGCCUAUUCUGGCCGCCAGCGGGUUGGACUGGGAGUUUGUGCAGGGCCGCCGCGAGGGCGACGUACGGGCCUACGUUGCCGAGCGGGUGCGCAGGCUGCGCCGCAGCCGGGAGGGUAGCGAGGACGCGGACCCGAGCAAGCAACCCACGAAAGAGGAGAUCGUCGAAGCCUUCCGGAAAUCACGCGGCAUCCCAGACUAUGAGGGGGUGCGGGGCGACGUGGUCAUCGGCCGCCACACCUGGAAGGAGUACCUCAGGGGCUUGCACGAGGGCUGGCUAGGGCCCCUCGCGCCGCCGCCGGAGCCGGAGCCGGAGUCGCUUUCCACUACGACCACCCCGGGAUCGUCAACAGAAGACAAACCCGCUGAGGAGAAACCCGCCGAGGAAGAAAAGAAGCCCAAGCGACCGCCACAACCAAAACCUCACAACACAACUGCUGACUACCCUGCAUCCACCCUCCCCCCUUUUGCCCCGAACGAGUUCGCACCCUCCGUGCCCAUCCGGCAGCCGCAUCUCCUAGGCUUCCUCAACACCCCAACCCGCAUGUACCGUUUUUUCAACCGCCGCAAGCUCGCCGACGAAAUCGGCCGCGAGGUCGCCGCGGUCUGCCUGUGCACCUACCGCGAGUACCAACAACAGCCUGUCGCCGAGUCCGACACUGCCAGCCCGACGGCGACAGCCGAGCAGUCGCCGCAGUACGAGCAGCAGAAGGAGCUGGCGUGGGAGGAGAAGGACUGGAUCAAGUCCAUCUGGAAGGAGGACGAUCCCAAGGACGCCGAGGCCGCCGAGAUCCCCGAGAAGGUGCGCGCGAAACCCAUCGUCAUGGACCCGCGCAUUGCUGCGCGCAUGCGCCGCUUCCAGCUGCUGCCCGAGGACGAGGAGCGGGCGCGCAGCAUCGUCGUGCCCGAGGAGGAGAUCGAGGGCUACAUCAAGGGCAAGCUGCGCCAGCUGUACCGGUGGGGUGUGAGAAAGGCUUUUGACAAGAAGAAGACCGCGCCCUGGGACGAUAAGGACGUGGAUUGACAGGCAUAAGGGGGGCACGGUGAUUGGGGUGUUCUAUCUCCCCGCGUUGCCGGCGCUGUUGCAUAAAUCACGGUGUUCAUGUGUAUAACAGUUGUACUCGGUGUGUAUCUGUGGCCAUGUCGGUGUUGGAGUAUCAAGGUCCAUAGCUGUGAGGUGUCACAGCGGCCUGCAUAGUGGGAUAUAAAACGAUAGAUUCCGGUGAUGGUGGAACGGAAGUAAAGCUCAGUGUCACCCUGUGUCAGUGUAAUAUAGGACUCCUCUUGAUCAUGCUGCGCGCAGUACCCAUGAGAGGUGGCGAAAACGGUAGCAGAAU